CUUCCAUUAUCCUUGUUCGUGUUCAGUUGGUAGCUCUGUAUUUGUAAACAAAACAUACAACAAGAAUGGCAGACGACGAGUUUGAUCACGAUGAGCCUGGAGAUGACUUCGAUGAUGUCGAGGAGGACGAAAACAUCGACGAGAUGGACCAGCAAGAGGAGGAGGGCGAAAACAUUGAGUUGAUCGGCAGUGCCGAGGCUCUAGCGGUACAAAAGUCCAAAAGAAUCACCACGCCGUACAUGACAAAAUAUGAACGGGCCAGAGUGUUGGGCACAAGAGCGUUGCAAAUCGCUAUGUGUGCGCCGGUCAUGGUGGAGCUUGACGGUGAAACAGACCCUCUGCAAAUUGCGAUGAAAGAGUUAAAGCAAAGAAAAAUUCCUAUCAUCAUCAGACGGUUCCUGCCCGAUGGCAGCUACGAAGAUUGGGGCAUUGACGAGUUGAUCAUAACAGACAAUUAACUUUCAGUUCAUUUAAUUUUAAUUCAAUAUUUUUAAGGGAAAUAAAGCUUAAAAUUUAAACAUGA